UUGAAUCCAGCAAAUUCGAAAAAAAAAGAAUACCUUCGUUAAAUUUUUCUCUUCGUGUGACAAAGGCGAGUUUUUAACAUUCGAACGGAUAGAAAGUUUUCAUUUUCAGUCAAAAAGAAGUAAUGUCCCAUUAAAAUAAAAUACACAAUAUAUUUGUUUGUCCAUCACUUUAAUUAAAAUUAAAAAAGAUUGUGUAACUAAAUAAAAUUUGGUAUUAAAUUCAAAUUGAAUGCAUUAUAAUACUCUUGCAGUAAAUACAGUUUUCAUAGCAAAACUAACAGCAACAUAUAAAUUACUACAAUAGAUUUAUGUACAUCGCAUAAGUGGUGAAUAAAAUUGAUUGUAUUCUAUGUUCUAUGUGUUCCGAAAUCGUCUUUUUCUAUAAGUGCUAAAUAUUUCACUUACAUUUUUGAGAAAAUAAAAUUCAAAUAAAAACAAAAACAAAAAAAACUUCAACAAAAUUAACCAACUUUUCAUCUUCAUCACGAUCUUCAUAUUAUCUUCAUCGUCAUCAUCAGCAACAGCAAAGCUAUAAUUAAAGCAACUGAAGUUUACCAGCAGCAUCAAAAUCGUUUCAAUCGCAGUCGAAACUUGUGGCAUCAAUAAUCGAUCACCGAUCUUAUCGGGCAACCUUGCAAAUGGGAACUAAUUCAGGAGCAACAACUGGUAUUAAUAAUAAACCGGGUACAGGCGCCGGUGGUGGAGUUGUUGUUGGCGGUGGAACAGGUGACGACGGCAACGGUGGCGGCGGCCAAAAUAACCAACAAACCACCCCGCAGUAUACGAUACCGGGAAUACUGCAUUUCAUAGAGCAUGAGUGGGCGCGUUUCGAGUUGGAGAGAUCGCAAUGGGAUGUCGAUAGAGCUGAGUUACAGGCUCGUAUAUCAAUGCUACUUGGUGAGCGGAAAGGCCUCGAGAGUCUUAAAUCCGAUUUAAUACGUCGAAUUAAAAUGCUGGAAUACGCUCUAAGGCAAGAACGUGUUAAAUUUCAUCGUCUUAAAUAUGGCACUGAUCCGCCCCAGUUAAUGAACGAACUGAAACCGCCAACCGAUGAGACGGGCAUUGGCAACGAAGUCGCACCCGACUCUGAGGUACCAUACAGUUCGGUCUCAAAUACAACAUGGCGACAGGGCCGUCAAAUGUUGCGACAAUAUUUGCAAGAGAUCGGCUACACAGACAACAUUAUCGAUGUCCGUUCGAAUCGUGUCCGUUCACUAUUAGGCCUAAAUAAUAAUUCCGAACAAGAGGAAAAUGUUAGCCCCAAUAUAAAUGGGAAUGAAAAUAACAAACGCGCCUCUGAGUCUGAAGAUAUUUUUAAUAUUUCAGGUCGACGUACACCCGCCAAAAAAGCACAACAAAUGAACGAUGCCAUGAUGCUAGAGACCGAAGCCGCCGUCAUGGCUAACUUUGAGUUCUUGGCCCAAACAGAAAUGUCCGAUGAUGAUGAAAUAAAUGAUGACCUCGAGAUGAUGGCCGUCGAUAAUGAUGAAUCCGAUGUAAAGACCACAAAACGAAACAAGGGCAAGGACAUGAUAAAGACUGAAGAUAUUGAUGCCGAGGUUGGGGAGCAGAUUCUGAAUGAUAUAAAUCUAUUAACUGAAGGAUACUCCAAUACUGACUCUACACGACGCAAUCUUAUCUCCGGAGAUGAAGAAGUGGACGCUUCGCUGGGCCUUGGUGAAUUGGCACAACUCACAGUUAAUAACGAGGCUGAGAGUAAUUAUGACGUGGCAAAUGCGAAAGACAGUGCUUAUCGGAAAACCUGGAAUGCCAAAUACACCCUUCGAUCACAUUUCGAUGGAGUACGUGCGUUGAUUUUCCAUCCCGAAGAACCAGUUUUGAUUACCGCCUCUGAAGAUCAUACUCUAAAGCUGUGGAACCUGCAGAAAACUGUACAAGCCAAAAAGUCUGCUAGUCUCGACGUCGAACCGCUGUACACUUUUCGCGCUCACACCGGCCCCGUCUUGUGCCUGGCAAUGUCGGCUAACGGUGACACAUGCUAUUCAGGUGGUCUAGAUGGCAAAAUUGAAUGCUGGAAACUGCCAAGUUCGAGUAUCGAUCCAUAUGAUUGCUAUGAUCCACAAGUGCAUGCGGCAACUCUUGAUGGCCACACAGAUGCUGUAUGGGGUCUAACCACCCACCAAGGUAAUAUUGUAUCGUGCUCAGCGGAUAGUACGGUGAAACUUUGGUCACCAAAGGCCAAAGAGCCACUACUAAAGACAUACGCAUCCGAAGCCGAAGGUAUCCCUAGCUCUGUGGACUUCGUUCGCAAUGAGGCUGGUCACAUUGUGGUAGCCUAUCAAAGUGCUCAUUGUAUCAUCUAUGACACAGAGACGGGCAAGCAAAUUAUAAAACUAGAGGCUGCCACCGAAAUGUCUGGCAAUACGGGUAAAUUUAUUAACAAAGUUGUUAGCCAUCCGACGCUUCCGAUCACAAUAACCGCACACGAAGAUCGUCACAUUCGUUUCUGGGACAACACUACCGGCACUUUGGUGCAUUCGAUGGUUGCUCAUUUGGAGCCGGUCACAAGUUUGGCCAUUGAUUCACACGGAUUGUAUCUAUUAUCCGGAUCACAUGACUGUUCGAUACGCCUGUGGAAUUUGGACAACAAGACAUGUGUGCAAGAGAUCACAGCGCACCGCAAGAAAUUCGACGAAAGUAUAUUUGACGUGGCCUUCCAUGCCACAAAACCGUAUAUAGCGAGCGCAGGAGCGGAUGGCCUAGCAAAGGUAUUCGUCUAGGAAGCAUUUUCAUUUUUACAAUUAUACAUAUUAUAUAUAUAAAUAUUAAUUAUACUAUAAACUAUGUUAUGAAAAAAAAAAAAAAAAUCCCCAUCAGAUGAAAAGAAAAGGAAAAGCAAAUUAAUUAGUUAUUUUUUAGAUAUAACAAAAGCAUCUAUAUAUUAAAAUAAUGAUAAAAAAAAAAACAAUUAAAAUCAUAUUAAAUUAUAUACAAAUUAAAAAGUAAUAAUAUGUAAAAAACAAAAAAAAAAAACAACAACAAAAAAAAAUCAAUAAAAAAAAAUUAAAUAAAAUAAAAAAAUUAUGAUGGAAAAUUUAAUUAAUUAUAUAGAUGGUAAACAAAAAGAAGUAGUUGCACAGCAUUUGGAAUCACAUGCGAGAUCAUUUAAAAGUAGUAAUACUAGUGGAAGAAGUAAUAAAAGAGAGAUAAAGAAGAAAGGCGCGAAUUUUUUGAUAUGCAUGUAAUCGAAACAAUUCUUUUUGCUUUUAAAUAUAAAACAAAAUCAUAGAAAAAAUAUACAUAAAUAUCUUUUUUGCUGGGCUUGAACAAGUUUUUUGCUUUUUUUAAAAAAAUUUUUGUUUUACUAUUUUUCAUAAGCAAGCAAAAUUUUUUUUAUUAAAAUAUGAAAACAAUAUAAUUUUUGAAUAUUUUUUCCCAAGAGAAUCUCAAAACAAAAUUGUUUUUUAUAUUUUUAUUGACUGAGAACUGGUUAAUUUUUUUGAAAUACAAUUUUUUUUAGACAAGAGGACAGACUCCAAAAUUUUGACAAAAAAGAAAACAUUUUUAAAUAUAUGGAAGUAAGUUAAUGACUGUAUUAAUUAACAACAACAACUAUGCGUAAUAAUUUUUUAAGUGCAUAGUUUUCAAAUCAAGCCUUGAAUAAAGCAAUAUUUAGAAAUUCAUAAACAAAUAAAAAAACGUUCAAUGUAAUUAAAAGGGUGUAUUUAAUUAAUUUAACAAAGAAAAAACAAAAACCAUAACAACAUCAACAUAAAAAAAAACACUUACCUCUUCCAUGUUGCAAUGUAGUGUUAGUCCAAGUCCCAUUUCGAUGUCAAGCUGUCUAUAUUUUAGUUUGUUUGUUGCAUCGUUCGGUAUCCGUUAGUUAAAAUAAAAAUGUUUGCAAGGACUUGUAUGAAUUUAUCACAAAACAUUUAAAAUUAUCGACUUUUGAAAAAGUACUCAAGAUUAUCAACUGUGCACACCACAUAGUAGUAGACGCAAAAACAUUGUUAUGGUCCAACAUAUUAGAAUGCAAAAUAAUCAUUACAUUAUUGAUUGGUAAAUUUUGGAAAACUUAAGAGCUGACGAACUCGCUGUAGCAUCUAUCUAAACUAAGUAGGUAAAAUAGGUUUUGAGGUUAAGCGCAAUUUUUGUUCCAUAUUGGUUAUGGAAGACAUGAGUAUUUGGGGUAUUUUCAUACCUGUUCGGCCUAGUUACCCAGGUGUUUGAAUCUAUGGUGUAUUAGUGCAUUGCGACUGCCUAGAAUGUCUGGUGUUUCUUCCUGUUCAUUGCAGAAUUUACAUGUUGCACUAUUUAGUAGGCCCAAAAUGCUUACAGUGGCCCGUGAGGAGACCUGUGAUUAUCCUGAGGAUAGAAGUCCAGACUAGAGGCUAAACUAUAAUAGGUAUAAGCUCGCAUUGGCUUAUGUCAAAAUGGCAUGUGCCAUACAGGGUUAUAGGCUACGCGUGGUUCGUUCAACUUUCGUUAAGCAUAUGCCAUACGCUUUGAACCGUAAGCCGUGUGUAAAACGGGGUGGGAGACUUAUUUUAAUGUUCACUUAAUAGUUAGAUCGAUAAACAAAGUGACGAUUAAAGAAAAACUAUGUAUUUUAAAACUAUUUUUGUGUAAUUCAACGUGGAUUUUUACACGAAUGAUGGAAAAUAAAAAUAUACACUGUGUGUAGCUCAUGCGAGCUCAUGCCUCGGGUCUUAAGUGCUCUUACAUUCGGUAUGGUUUGGUUUUUGGUUUUUAAAGCAGAAGUCGUCAGUUAGUUUUUUCAUUUCCAUUUAAACUCGAAAUGGAAACAAUUUUAUUUUAUCGAUAUUGCAUCCAUUUAUUUUCGAAGUUUAAAUAAAAAAAAAAAAAUGAUAAAUUAAUCAUUAAACAAUGUCACUCGAUUUCUGGAACCUUGCUCUUUGAAGCUAUGGCUGGAGUUCAGAAAUACUUGGCUGGAGCUUUUUGUCUAUUCGUGUGAUAUGGCGGAGCCAAUGUAAAUGUAAUUCCACAAAUUGCUUCAUUUUAUAGAAUAGUUGUAUUUCAUAAGGUUAUUUGAAUAGAAAUCAAUGAUAUUAAAUUCCUUAGAAAACAAACAAGUUAUUUAAAGAGCUAUUAUCUUUAUUUAAACAUCUAGAAGAAGUGUUUGCUCCAUCCGAAGUAAAAAAGAUUAAAAUGAACUGGGACUGGAAAUUCAACUGUAAACUUUUGGGAGUUUAUCCUUGCGAAACAUUCGUUUAGACAUUUUGAAUUUAGUUAAAUUUCUUUUAAUAUCACAAAUGUUUCUUUGUACGGUAGGUUUUCUAUGAAGUCCUUAAAGACAAUUUGUAUGAAAUUUCCCAUUAUGACCGAAUUCUGUGAUUGUUUUUAUCGGAAUUUGUAUUCGAAAUCUACUAGACGAAUGGAAUUCGUGAUGAAACCGAGUAUUUAUUCAGUUUAAAAUGUGUUGCCUAGAGUUAGGAGCUCUGCAAGAACCACAACUUAAAUUGUUUUCAACGAAGCCCUACUAUCUACCACGUAUUUAACCCAAAAAAUGCAAACCAAGUUGACCAUGUUUAAAUGUGUAUGGAAGGAAAUGUAAAUUAUACAAUACAUAUUUUGGAAAAGUUGGGCCAUGUGUAUAAAUUGAAUUUGAUCCUAACAACUAUGCUAGA